ACCCUCUUCUCCCUCUUGCUCCUUUACCACCAGCUCUUCUAGCCCUUAUACCUUUCAGACCUCUCUCAUAGUCAUGGCACCCAAACCCGUUUCUACUGCCAGCAAGGCACCUGCUUCUAAAACUACUACUGCAUCCAAGGCACCGGCCAAGAGUGAGAAAAUCUCGGCCGCAAAGAAGACCAAGACCUCGACUGGGGCUGAUGGCGAGAAGAAAAAGCGUCGUAAGGCAAGGAAGGAGACUUACAGCAGUUACAUCUAUAAGGUCUUGAAGCAGGUGCACCCUGAUACGGGUAUCUCGAACAAGGCUAUGGCCAUCCUCAACUCGUUCGUCAACGAUAUCUUCGAGCGUAUUGCCACUGAGGCAUCUAAGCUCGCGUCGUACUCCAAGAAGUCGACGAUCUCAUCGCGAGAGAUCCAGACCAGUGUCCGACUGAUUCUUCCUGGAGAGCUUGCCAAGCAUGCCAUCUCGGAAGGCACCAAGUCUGUCACCAAGUUCUCUUCAGCCCAGAAAUAGGCUCUGAUUUACGCUCAUGCUUCCAUCCAUCUUUGAGCCAUAUAUCCACCUGUACUUGUAGCAUACGUAUAAUCGGUGUAUGAUAUGUAUAUUGUCUAUACAAUACCACAAUAGACAUGCUGGAACACUCAG